ACGCAAAAUGUGUAAGGUAUAUAUCUAUACAUUUUACGUAAAAUGAAUGUACAGAAAACCAAUUUACGUACUUACAGUACUUCUGUAUUACGUACUUGCAGACUUAACAAAUGCGUACAUUCUAUUGUAUUAUGUGUGAACUAUGUACAUACAAUUCUGUUAGACGCAGAGGCGGACAUAUUUUCGAAGUAUGUUGUGUUUCAAAGUAUUUCGUUUCUUAUAUAUAUGUCCGUUAUAUAAAUUGUGAAAAAUAUGUAUGAAUUUUAAUGUCAAACCGUCUGGAACAAGAUAUAAUAAAAAGCAAAAUAUAUUCUCUUUAUCAAAACUAGAUUGUUGCUAUUAUGGAUAAACUAAAAAAGAAGCAAGAAGAAGAUGAAAGCAACAUAAUUAUUAGCCGUAUCACCCUCCCUAGAUUGAUUUGUAAAAUGGGAUUUAAAUACCGCAAAAUAGACAAAAACAAGUGGUCAUAGAAUCGCACAGAUUGCGUAUUAGAAGAUUUAAUUAUCUGAAGAAAAUUAAAAAGUGUAGAUCCGAAAUGAGAUGGAUUCACGUAAAAACUGUCGGACAAGAGCGCCUUAAAAUAAAGAAAGGCGCGUAACAAUAAUUCAUUCUGGAUCAGAACAGGGAUUUAUUCUCAACUGCUUGCUGUCUCCUAAGAAUAUUAAGGACUGUACCUUGACAAUCAUGAAAAUACAAGUGCAAAAGUUGCAAAAACUGGUUUCAAAAUUAUUUUUUAAACAAUAUUCCAGAUAACGGUGUCAUUGUAAGGGCAUACUCUUUAACGUCCAUAUAAAACCACGCAAAAUCAAAUGUGAGAACAGAAAAUGUUACUCCUACUUUAAGUUCGAGUGUAAUAAAGUUAAUUAAACAUGCAAUUAACAAUGUACCUGUCGAAAGUCGGUACUUAUUUAGGACAAUUUGUAUAUACUGAGUGGCAUCGUAUUUUCUGUUGUAUAUAAUAUUUAAUGCUAAUCUCUGUUCUCCAAUACCAACUGAUCUGGUGUAUUAUUACCAUCGGCGGGUUAUUUCGAUAAUUCCCGUCAAAAGAAUACACGACAUACUUUUAGACAGACUAUACCUUCGUCUUGAACUGGACGUUCAAAAACCGUUUAAGGUACAGUACGUUUGUGAUGCCUUGCAGUCUCCUGGCGACGCGUUGACAUUUCCGCUUGGUCCGUCAUCGUGGCAAAACAAGUUGCCCCCUUUAAAACCGAUCGCUCAAGCAUGGCGUCGACAAAAAUGCCUCCGAUAACGAUGAAUAAGCUUUACGUCGGCAACCUGCCCACAGAAACGAACGAAAACUCCCUCAGGCAACUAUUCCUGGAACAGAACCUAGCGUGCACGAGCGUGCUUGUCAAAAGGGGCGGGUACGCCUUCGUCGACUGUCCCGAUCAAUCGUCCGCUGACAAGGCCAUAGACAAACUCAAUGGGUUCAAUUUCAGGGGAUCUCCUUUGGUAGUGGAACCUUCAGUAGCUUCCGGGAAGAGGAGGCCGUUGCCCGAAAGGGUCCCGGUUCCCGUAAGCUGGAUGCGAGCCGGGUAUCGUUAAAGGCGCGGGCGUCUCACAUGUUAAUAUAUAUUGUAAUGUGUACGACACAAUAAAGUGAUUUUGGAUUUUGCCA